AUGGCCACCAGGCUUCUGAUGCAAGCCGGAUUCAACGUCUCACAAUUUCGACCAAGAGUAGAAACCCGUUCGUCGUCACUGACUGACACACAAGAGCAAAGCCCAUACAUCCAAUCGUCGCCCAUGUGCGAGUCCCAUACCAUUUAUCAUCUUUGCGGCCAUGUCAAAAUCAAGACCAUGGUCCAGUGUGCCGAAAUGGUCGAGAAGCUGGUUGCAGCGAAAUCACAGGUAACGUGCUUCGCCCAUCAAGUCUGCGACGAUGUUGCCGAUACCUCUCACGCCUUUCCGGAUCUUUGCGCGAAAUGUCAGCAGAAUGGAGUCGUUGGCGACGUCAUGGAGCAACAGCCAGGCAUGAAACUGGAAAUACUGCGAUCCUGGAGACCGCAGCAGCAGCGUGUGUCGGAAGGCACGGUAGAGACGGGAACAGAGGCGCAGACACCAGAGGGCAUGGAGGUAAAGACAAUUCGGGGACAGGAGCUUCACGACGCCACAGCAGUGUCAUCGACACCACAGACCAGCAGCGAAGCAUCAACAGAUACUAUCCAGACCCCGACGACCAUGGCAUCGAGUGCAUCUUCGCCAGAAAACAUCCCAGAGCUUGGCUCCCUCAAGACUCGGAUCGCUGCAUUGAUGGACAGGACGGAACAACUGUUGUUGAAAGUUCGUGCUCACAAAGCAUCGCAGGCAGAUUCUAAGCAAAGUUCCCGGGGAGCGAGUGAUCAAUAG